UGAGAGAGAGAGGGUAAGGUGUAGAGAGACUCACCACCAUUAGACACCUGUCAGUGCAGGUGGAGAGAGGGACUGCUGGAUAUCUGAACCUGGAGAUUUCACUGGAUGGAUCCUCUUUAACUCUUUUCUUUUUUAACCAUCAAGACUUUGCAUAUAUGUGUUUUAUUUAUUAUUCCUGCAUUGGACAUAACUUAACUUCACUUUAAAGAUUUGCUGCUGCCACCAGUGGAUGUAAUCCCAACACUCAGCUGCCGUUUAAGGAGGGGAAACUGCUGGAGGAGGAUUUAUUUAUUUGAAAUUCUGAGACUGAUUCUUCCUCCAUUAAAGGAGUUUAUCGUUUUGAGACACCCAUCUUCAGCAUAAGCUGCGUGAUCAUGGCAGACUUCCCGUCCAAGGUUGCCACAGAGACCAGCUCCCCCCACUCCCAGGGCUCUCAGCAGGGAGGCAACAGUCUCAGAGGGCUGGCUGCGAGUGUCACCAUUAGGAUGGACCUGUCCUUUAUCCGAAGCAUCCCGGCCAUCCUCAUGAUGGCAGAAAUAUUUCUGGGGAUGCUUCAGUGGGCGUUGAUAGCCAGCGCCCCCUACACGGCACUGCCGGCGUAUGGAUGGGUGCUGUUUGUAGCCAUCACCCUGUGGAUCCUCACCACCAUCCUCUUCUUCAUGAUCCUGUUCGGAGCCCAGCAAAACCUAUCCGCUGUCCCCUGGCCCCUGACGGUGAUGGCGUAUCACGGCAUAGCCACAGUCCUCUAUCUGACCGCCUUCCUGGCCAACGCAGCAUCUGUGCAUCCCUACAGGUUCACCUAUUUCUACGGACAUAUGGCAGCCGCCGCUUUCUUUGGUGCUGUGGUGACCAUGGCGUACGGAGCCAGUGCUUUCUUCUCCUAUCUGGACUGGAAGGGAGAUGGAGGAAACGCUGCCACGGGCACAGUGCCGACCUAGGACUCAAACCUGUGGUGCCAAUCCUGGGAAAACACUCAUGUUCUCUUUCCCCCAAUAUACCGGGAUAUAGUCCGGUGUCGAUGCUCAACUGUCCUCAGUGUCACGUGACUGCUGACCGUGGUAACCCAAAUCCUGACCUUAGCUUAAUCCCAGUAUUAACAAUACGUUCACACAUACAUUAUUUAUACAUAGUUUUCAGUGAAACUCAAUAGACUAUGAAAAUAAAUUGUAUAUCAGCAUUUAAUUGUCCACAUAAAAUGUGGCUCCCUAUAAGUAAUACAUUUAAUAAUACCAUUAUAAAUGCAAAUACAAAGCCAACAAUGCCUUAAAUGCUUGGUAAUAGCAUGGUUGUAUUUAAUAUACACAUAUGAUGCCUCAGUAUGCACUUAAGAUAUUGUGAUACCACUCUCUCGCCUUUAGGAUACAUAUGGAGCUACUGGCAGCAGCUGGUUAGCUUAGCUUAGCAUGAAGACUGAACACAAGGGGAAACAGCUAGCAUGCCUCAGUGGGGAGGGACAGUAACAAAAUCCACUCACCAAUACCUCUAAGACUCAUUAAUUAACACAAAAAUGACAAUUUCCUGUUUUUACAAGGUUUUAUGUGCCAGAUUAACGUUAUUUCUUGGCCAGGAAGCAGUGAUUUCCUGGAGUCUUCUCAGCCAAUAAAUAAUCUGGCACAUAACCACUGCAAACUGCAACUUGUUUUUAUACUUCCCCUUCCCUCCUUCUCUUUUCUGUUUCCAGUCUGUGGGCUAAGCUAAGCUAACUGGCUGCUGGCUGUAGCCUCAUAGGCAACGUACAGACAUGAGAGUAGCAUCCAUCUCCACAAUUAACCCCCAGCAGAUAAGCAAAGCACUAAUUCUUAAACUUUUUCUGGUGUGCCCCCACCCUAAAAUCAAUAACAAUGAUAGAGUACAUUCCUUUAUCUUACUUUCACUCCAUAUUUUUCUCCUGGUCAUCCUCGGCCCAACUGCAGUGGCUCUGUGCCCCACCAGGCUACCACCUAUUUAAAGCUGCAGUA